AUGCUGAGAUCACUUCGGGAGGGUGGUGCAGAGGGAGAGCUACGUGUUGCUGCGCAGCAACAGAUAGAAAGGAGGGACAGAGAGAGAGAGGAAUUCCCUCGCACAAGCAAAAGCGGCUGCCAGGGCGUGUAUCAGUUCCUAUGGUUCCCAGAAUUUGUUGCUAUAACUGUAGCUGAUGCCAGGAGCACAAGGAGGUCUAAACCAAGGGUGGAAGCAGGAUGCAAGGACCACCAACUACAACAAGCCUUCGGGUAAAUUUCAGGAAGGAGCGUCAAUUUAUUUCUGUCUGGACGCAACAUCGUAUCUGACAUCGCGCCGACUCCCUCCUCUCCUGCCCAAGCUGAGAAAAUCAACCCAGGAGAGACGCGUCAGUCUGGACUCCAGGGGACAGGUGUCUCCGCAUUCAUUAUAGAGCCACAACUUGAUCGCAAACUGAAAAAUGCCGUCACUUGAGUUGAAAUGCAGAGUCUUCUUGUGGGGAUUCGAUAAACUGUCCGCGCUUUAAAUGCGCGUCUCUCUUUGUGCUCACUGUCUCUUUCUAUCUGUCUUCCUCUUUGUGUCAAUGUGAUCUGGUCUGUCACUCCGUCUUUCUUCCUGUGCGCCCUGCCGUCUCUGUGUGUCACUCUCUUCAGAAAUGACAGGUCAGGUCCCGGGGAAGCCUGGCGGAGGGGCUCACAUGGAUGACAACGCCGCCAUCCGUAUCAAUGUGGGCGGCUUCAAGAAGCGGCUCCACUCCGACACUCUCUCCCGGUUCCCCGAGACGAGGCUUGCGCGUUUACUCCACUGUCAGUCCAAAGAGUCCAUACUGGAACUGUGCGACGACUACGACGACGCAGAGAAAGAGUUUUACUUCGACAGGAACCCAGCGCUCUUCCCCUACGUGCUCAAUUUCUACAACACGGGGCGACUGCACGUCAUGGCCGAGCUGUGCAUCUUCUCCUUCAGCCAGGAGAUCGAGUACUGGGGAAUCAACGAGUUCUUCAUAGACUCCUGCUGCAGCAGCGCGUACCACUGUAGGAAAAUGGACCAGGAUCGGGACGACUGGGAUGACAGGAGCGAUGAAGGGAGCACCACUUCCUCUUUUGACGAGCUUUUGGAGUUUUACAGCGACGCCACUAAGUUUGACAAACAGCCGCUCGGGAGUGCAAGGAGGCGCGUCUGGUUAAUGCUGGAUAACCCCGGCUACUCCGUGGCCAGCCGCAUCAUCAGCAUCCUCUCCAUCCUGGUGGUGCUUGGCUCCAUUGCCACUAUGUGCAUGAAUAGCAUGAGUGAGUUCAGCCUGUUGGACAGUGACGGGCAGCCCACGGAGGACCCCCGUUUCGAGACUGUGGAGCACUUUGGCAUAGGCUGGUUCACUCUGGAACUGGUCGCCAGGUUCGUGGUGGCACCGGAUCUUCUGCACUUCUUUGAGCAUCCGUUAAAUGUGAUAGACCUGGUAUCCAUACUUCCGUUUUACCUGACACUCCUUAUUAACCUAGUGGUGGAGAGCAGCCCGGCGCUGGCCAACCUCGGACGCGUUGCGCAAGUGCUGAGGCUGAUGAGGAUUUUCCGCAUCCUGAAGCUGGCCCGUCACUCCACGGGGCUGCGCUCUCUGGGGGCCACUCUCAGGAACAGCUACAAAGAAGUGGGCCUGCUGCUUCUAUACCUGGCAGUCGGUGUGUCGUUUUUCUCCGUCAUGGCCUACACGGUGGAGAAAGAGGACAGCGAGGAUCUCUCCACCAUCCCGGCGUGCUGGUGGUGGGCCACGGUCAGCAUGACCACCGUUGGGUACGGAGAUGUGGUGCCAGUGUCCAUAGCGGGCAAGCUUACCGCCUCUGCGUGCAUCCUGGCCGGGAUUUUAGUAGUGGUGCUUCCGAUUACGCUCAUUUUCAAUAAAUUCUCUCUGUUCUACAAGAGACAAAAACAGCUAGAGAUCGCGAUGAGAAGCUGUGAUUUCGACGAGGGGAUAAAAGAAGUGCCCUCGGUCAACCUGAGGAACUAUUACGCACACAAAGUCAAAUCCCUCAUGGCGAGCUUGUCAAACAUGAGCCGGAGUUCACCCAGUGAACACAGCCUGAAUGAAUCGAUACACUGAAACAGUUUUAGCGAGGACGCCCGGCUAUGUGGGGUGACACUGUUCAUUCAGUGUGGCUGCAUGAGGAGCUGUCCAGAGUGCUGAAAGCUCUGGGUGGAGAAAUCUAACUUCCUUCCACUGAUGUCUGACCGUUUGCCUCUCUGUAGCUCAGCGCAAUAACGUGUUAAUCUGUGUGCCAGUCACAAUGAGAACGUAAGCAAAUGUACAGGACUGCCUGGAUAUGAUAUUUCACUGUGCAUUAGUAUGACCUGUCACCAAAAAGGCCCAAAUGUGGCCACAUAAGAUUAAAAAGUAAGACAGAGAAUGCUAUUGUGGUGUGGUGGUGUCACACUGUAGUCCAACAUCCAGCUAUACUUGUUGUGAUCAAAUAUGUCUGAAAGUAACUCUAGCUGUGUUUCUUUUGAACAAUGUUGAUGUGUAAUUGUUAUGUUGCAACAAGAUUACUUCAGAUGUGUGGUUAAAGCAAACUAUUAAAAGAAAAAAAAACAUAAUAUGUAACACACUUUCUUUUUCAUGUGCAGAGAGGGUCUUUUAGCUUCUCGCUAAGUGUGUCUUACUGACUGAGAUAACACAUGUAAGCCUGAGGGGGGGAAGGACAGAUUUAUAGUAGUCACUGACACAAUAUCUAACACAGUUUGACAGGCAUAGCAACGACCGCUCAGAGCUGACAUGCUGAAUGCAUUUAUUCCACGGAUUUGGCUGCAUCGGCCCUUUCAGUUGACAAAAACAGUUUAACAGUUAUUAAUCAAGGUGCUUUUCCAAAUGAACUGUCAGGUGUUUCACAAUUAACUGAAAGCCACAAACUUGGCAUCAUAUUGGUUGCAAAAGCACACUGAUCUGUCAACGUAAUAGAAGUUACACUUUAUCAUCCUUUCUACUGCUGCUUUUACCUGUAUGGAAUCUCAGUACUGCUGAGAAUACAGUGGGCAGA